AUUUUCAUAUUAAGAAAAUUGCGCCGAUAACGAACAAAUAUAAAGAAUAUUAUAAUAUAGAAACUCAUUUCUGAUUAAAAGUCUGAACGCAAAUUAAAAUCUGUUCGUUUGUUUAUUUUUUUGGGUAAUUUUGUACUACCUACUUGAAAAUGGUGAAGCGCAAAAGUGAAGUCGCUUUGGUCGACUCUGAGCCAAAUAAAGCCAUCAGAGAAAAAUAUUUGAAAAGUGACAAUCCUAAUGCUCGUACAUCAAAUUUACUUAUGCCGAUCAUGGCAUUAGAAGGGCAUGAAGGAGAAAUUUUUGCUGUGAAAUUCCAUCCAGAAGGAGAGUACUUGGCGUCGACUGGUUUCGAUAGAAAAAUAUUUAUUUGGAGCGUGUACGGCGAAUGUCAAAACAUAGGCGUCCUCACCGGACACACCGGUGCAGUUUUAGACAUGAAAUUUUCAACUGACGGAACAUUAAUAUACACGAGUAGCACUGAUACGACCGUGUCGUUUUGGGACAUUUACAAAGGUCAAAGAGUCAAAAAACUCAAAGGACACACUGCAUUCGUAAACUCUUGUGAUUCGGCCAGACGAGGUCCUCAAAUGAUCACUAGCGCUUCGGACGAUUGCACUAUAAAAGUAUGGGAUCCGCGAAAAAGAGGCGGAGACGCAGUGACGACGUUCAACAACAACUAUCAAGUGAUGUCCGUUUGUUUCAACGACACUGCCGAUCAAGUCAUAAGUGGCGGUUUAGACAAUGAAAUUAAAGUUUGGGAUUUACGUAAGAACGCAUUGCUCCAUCGUUUGCUUGGUCAUUCGGAUACUAUCACUGGACUCGAGUUGUCGCCGGACGGAUCUUAUUUGCUGUCAAACGCAAUGGACAACAGCUUACGGAUUUGGGACGUCCGACCGUACGCCCCGGCCGACAGAUGUCUGAAAGUUUUUUCCGGUCACACUCAUAAUUUCGAAAAGAAUUUGCUGAGAUGUGCGUGGUCGCCGGACAGUUCAAAAGUGUCGGCCGGUUCAGCCGAUCGAUUUGUUUACGUAUGGGACGCCAACACCCGUAGAAUAUUGUACAAGUUACCCGGCCACAACGGCAGCGUGAACGAUGUAGAUUUUCAUCCCAAGGAACCGAUUCUCAUGUCCGGAUCCAGUGAUAAAGUCGUAUACCUCGGCGAAUUUGAUUAAAAUAUAUUUAGACGGAUUGGUCAUUUUCGUACAAGAGACACGGGAACCUAGUAUUGACCGUUUAAAAAAAAAACCCGCUUUUUAUGUUGUAGAACUGUAAGUUAGAAGUUGAAAUUGUUAAACUUUUUUUUUAUAUUUAAAUUUCAUUUCAAUUGCUACCAUUUCUGUUCUGUAUUGUUAAACAAAUUCAAUAUUUAAGACAAAAUUACGUACCGAGUGCACAAAAAUAUCGUACUAUUAAUUAUUGGUUAAUGGAAAUCUGUUCAAAAACACAAUAAUCUUAUACGACCUAUGUUGCUGUGUAAUUGAUAUCGUUAAACAUAGUAUUUUUGAUUUUAAAAGGUAAAUUCGAUAAAUAUUUAAUGUUUUUUUUUUUUUUUUUUUAAAGCUGUCUAUUUUUAUAAUUUGUACAUAAAAACUAUGUUUAAUAGUUAAUUAUAUUAUUACAUAAUAAAAUUAGAAGUUUAAACAUUUUGAAGUAAUUGGGUUGUGUCAAUCAAACAAUUAUUUGGAGAUGGUAAAUUUGUUUUGCAAAGUUAGACUUUUUGAAGGGACAUCUUAUCUAAUCUACCCUUCUAAGACUGCUGAACUUGUACUGUUAGUCUAUAAAUAAUAAUUAUAGGUACGAAUUCAUACACAAUGCUCACCGAGUACCGUAAACUAGUCAAUGGUAUUAAAUCUAAUGACGUGCUACUAGGAAUGGUCCCUGGAACAGGAAAUAUUACAGGAAUAUGCUUUCAAAAAUAUAAAAAAGUUAAUUUAUUUAAGAAGGUACUAAUGUAUGAGUAUUUUACAAUUGUAUUUAUACUUAUGAAGGUAUUCGUUUGAGUUAUUAUUUUUAAAAGAUUAAUGACAAGUUGCAACUUGUUUUUAUUGUUGGUAAUUUAUUUUUAAUUUUUU